AUCCACAUCCGCUUCCAACUGUACCUGGACUACAGCUGCAGCCUGUGAAUCUGACGCACCUCUCUAUUAAUCGUUCACAUUCAAGUCUUGGUUGCCAAGCACAGUCGAUAUUACAACAUCUCAAGCCAUAUUGUAAAAUGAGGUGACCAGCAAUGGACGCCCCUCAUCCUACGGCAGGAUGGGAGAAAGUCGGAGAUCGCUUCUACCGCAAGACCCAGCUUUACACGGCAGUCUUCGACCGGGAUCUCGAUUUGAACAAUUACAUUGUUGCCGGAGCCCCUUAUGGAGGCGCCGUAGCAAUCUACCGGGAUGAAACUAAACUACAAACGCUCAGGGCAGCUGCAAAGUCAUCAAAGCCGAGCAUCGACAUCUAUAGCUGUGCAGGCAAGCUCCUGAAGAGCAUCGCCUGGGACAAAGGCUCUAUCAAAGGCUUAGGGUGGUCAGAAGACGAAAAACUUCUCGUCGUUAGUUAUGACGGAACUGUUCGCUGCUAUUAUGACCUCCAAGGCGAUUUUACUCAAUUUUCUCUUGGACGUGAAGCAGAAGAUUUUGGUGUCCACUCAUGCAAAUUCUAUGAUACUGGCAUGGUCGCGUUGCUUUCCAACAAUGCCCUCAUUGCCGUUUCCUCCUAUGACGAGCCCCGACCAAAGCAACUGGCUACACCGCCUGAAGGAGAGGUCCACGCAUGGACUCUGGUAUCUCCAAGUUUUACUCUCUCGCGGUCCGUCGAAGUGUUCUUGAGUAUCAACCAGACAAUCUAUGUCAUAGAUGCUACAGAUUGCGAAGACCGGUUCCUCGAUAUUGGACCUUUCACGCAUAUCAGUGUCUCCCCCAAUGGCAAGUUUGCAGCAUUAUAUGCUGCUGAUGGAAGAGCGCACGUCAUCACCGCAGAUUUCCAGAGCCGAUUAAGUGAGCACGACUCCAAAUCGAAGAUCCCGCCCAAAUAUUUGCACUGGUGUGGCAAUGAUGCUGUUGUUAUUGCAUGGGAUGACGAAGUCAACGUUGUUGGGCCUAACAAUGCUGUGGCCCACUACUUCUACGACGGAAAAGUACACGUACUGGUUGAUCACGAUGGCGUUAGACUCAUUACCAAUGACGUGUGCGACUUUUUGCAAAGGGUUCCGGACGUCACCGACGAAGUUUUCCGAUUUGGCACUGAGUCGCCGGCCUCGAUCCUUUUGGACGCUGUCGAACAGCUCGAGAACCAGUCUCCAAAGGCUGACGACAACAUCCAGCUCAUACGGGCAAAUCUGGUCGAGGCAGUAGACACCUGUGUGGCUGCUGCUGGACAUGAAUUCAACGUUCACUGGCAGAAACAGUUGUUGAAGGCUGCAUCUUUCGGCAAGUCAGUCCUGGAUAUUUACAACAGUGAUGACUUCGUCGACAUGUGUGAGACGCUCCGUGUUCUCAAUGCCAUACGAUACUACGAGGUUGGCCUGCCAUUGUCUUACGAGCAAUACCAGCGACUUACGCCUGAAGGGCUCUUACAAAGAUUAAUCAAUCGCCACGAAUACCUUUUAGCCCUUAAGGUGGCCGGCUAUCUUCGACUGCCAACUGAUCGUAUAUAUGUUCACUGGGCAUCUGCCAAGGUUCGUACUGGAUCCGAAGAUGACGAGGUGAUAUGCCGUGUGGUGGUAGAGAAGCUCUCUGGAAAGCCCGGUAUUUCAUUUGAAGCCAUUGCUAGGGCGGCCUACGAUGAGGGGCGUGGUCGCUUAGCCACCGAACUCCUGAACCACGAACCACGUGCCGGUCGACAAGUACCACUGCUCCUGAGCAUGGAGGAAGACGAGAUAGCACUUGAUAAAGCCAUUGAAAGUGGAGACUCGGACCUUAUUUUUUUCGUGUUAUUACAGCUCAAGAAGAAGCUACCGCUAGCCGCUUUCUUCCGCGUCAUCAAUGCUCGUCCUGCCGCCACAGCUCUUGUCGAGUCUUCUGCGGCACGAGAAGAUGAUAAUGCCCUGCUCAAGGACCUCUACUACCAAGACGAUCGGAGAAUAGAUGGGGCUGGUGUUUUCAUACGAGAAGCUCUACGUCAACCUGAUGCUCGUACAGCAGGAGAUAAACUGGCUCUCGCGGCUAAGCUGUUAUCAGACUCGCGAGAAAACGCCUUUGAGCUGCAAUCCCUGAAGGAGGCAGCAACCCUACUCCGCAUGCAGGAAGCAUUCGAUAGAGAUUUCUCUGACAGCUUCACUGGCCUGAGCGUGAAUGAGACACUGUUCAAGCUGAUCCGUUUGGGUUAUCAUAACAAAGCCAAGAAGAUCCAGAGCGAGUUUAAAGUGCCAGAGAAGGUUGCUUGGUGGAUCAGACUCAGAGCACUUGUCGCCAAACGUGACUGGAACGAGAUCGAGGAGAUUUCCAAAACGAGGAAGAGCCCCAUCGGGUGGGAGCCCUUCUUCAAUACUAUCCUCCAAGCGGGCAACCCUCGCCUUGCAUCCGUCUUCAUACCGAAGUGCCAAAACCUCGAACCAGGUGCCACGGUUCCCAUGUACGAGAAAUGCGGCAUGCGUAUCAAAGCUGCGGAAGAAGCAGUUAAAACGAAAGACUCAGAGGCAUGGUUGCGUCUCCUAGAGGCGGCGGGGAAGAACACCACAGAGGGCAGGGAUAUUGAGAGGUUGGGUGCUGCUGUGUUCAAGAAAUAAUGGUAAAUGAUACAUGCGGCCAGUUUUAAAUCAUAACAAUAAUUCAAUCAACAAAGACUUUCUUU